UUUCACAUUUUAAGUCAGUUACAGAAGCCAACUGAUUUUGUCUUUUUUGUGCAAAUUAUUAUUUUCGAGCCAAACUUUUCAGAAUCUGGCGCUCUGCAGUUAGCUGCGUCACUUUUCAGCACAUUAUUCAGACGGCCUCGGACGCUUUUCGGGCGGACAUGCUGCCUGGAGGACUGGCGUCGGCCGGAGGGGGUCGCGGCGGCGGGCUGUGCCUGCUCCGGUGGCUCGGCCUCAGGCUGUGGUCGCGUCGGGGGACCCUGGUUUUCGCGCUGCUCUGGUUCGGCUCCUGGUUGUUCCUGAACGGCCUGGUUCUGGUCCACAGGAGCAUCCUGUCCGACUACUGCACCGACGACAAGAGCAAGAGGAUCCUGCAGAGGCUGUGCCUGGAGUUUGGCGAGGGCUCGGUGACGGGCGACAUGUGCGAGGACCUGUGCGUGCUCGGCCUGGUCGAGUACAAGCGCUGCCUCUACUACGAGAACGGGAAGAAGGUGAUCGAGGCGCGCUGGAGAGGAAACCCCAUCAUCCUCAAGUCCAAACUGGAGAACUUCUCAUCCUACGAGCCGCUGGGAAUACUGGACUACCAGGACACGGCGGAGGAGCUCUCCCCGCUCGACGUGGUUUUCUACGCCACUCUGGAAGUACGAAACUCUCUGGGGCUGGCUGAGGACGACGAGGACGAAGAGGGAGGAGGAGGAGGGAGUAACAGCUCUCUGGCCAGACUUUGGGGGAAGAAGCUGAAAAGCAGAGAUAAGAGUUACUCCAGAGCAGAGCUGGCCUCGCUCUGGUCUCUGCUGCAGCAGGAGGAGUACACCUUUCUCAGAGUCCUGCAGGACCUCAGCACCCACGUGGCGAAGGUGCUGGGCUCCUGCGGUCAUUUCUAUGCGGUGGAGUACCUGUCCGCCGGGCACGCCUGGGACCAGAACAUCUUCUCCCUGGAGGAGGUGGCCGUCUCCGGGCUGCAGGGCCCCGGGGCCCGGGCCAGGUGGACCGCCAGGGAGAUGGUGCACCGCAUCGCGCUGAGCUUCCUGGACAUGGUGUGGCACUUCGACAACGACUUCACCCACAAGCUGCACCUGUGCGACAUCAAACCGGAGAACUUCGCCAUCAGGAAGGACCUGACGGUGGUGGCCAUCGACGUGGACAUGGCGUUCUUCGAGCCGAAGAUGAGGGACAUCCUGGACCAGAACUGCAGCAGCGACGACGACUGCAACUUCUUCGACUGCUCGUCCAGGUGCAACCUGAGCAAGCGCAGGUGCAGCCCGCGCCGCCGCAACAGCAACCUGCAGGUGAUUUGUGAGAAGAUCUUCCGGCCGUGGUUUUCUCCCACGCUGCUCGGGGCCAAAGCAGGUCUCCCUCUGCAGGUGGAGCUGCAGCGAGCCGUGCAGGAGUGUUCGGAAACAGACGCCGGAGUGGAGGAGCACGGAGGAGGAGGAGGAGGAGGAGAGGCAGGUCAGAGCAGGAGCAUCCAUCAGCGCCUCCUACACAUCCUGACACGCCUCCUCCAGGAGGGAGGGGCCUCAGCGGAGGGAGGAGGGGCCUGGGAGGAGAAGGGCCACGUCCACACGGCACUGAACUUCUGAGGAGGUGACGCAGAGAGCUUCAGGGGCCGAUGAAGGGCCCCGCAGAGGGAGGGCCUUCAGAAACACACCUGUGCGCUCACACAGGAGGACAACAGUUUCCUCUUGAGGAAGUUUUCCAUGAAAAAAAAAAGCAGGUGUUGAAACACUCAUCCUGGAAUCCAAAAACUCUCAAGGAGGAAAAACAAACGUGGAAAAAUGAAUCCAGAGCUGCAGACUGAGCCACCGGCACGAUAAAAAAUACAAAAAAUACGGACCUUUCCUGAGACAUAUUUGGGAUGAGGUCAAACACAACCUAUAAAUAAAUAAGAAUAUGGCCAAAAGUA